GACUUAGAGCAAUCGAAAUGUAUUAGCGUUGAGGAUGACAUGGAUACGCUUGCUUUAAAUUUGGGAAUGAUUGCUGCAUAUUACUACAUCAAUUAUACGACAAUUGAAUUGUUUAGUUUGUCAUUGAACAACAAAACAAAGAUUCGUGGCUUGCUCGAAAUCAUUUCAUCUGCAACUGAGUAUGAAGAUGUUGUCGUUCGUCAUCGUGAAGAUAAUGUUUUGAAAGCUUUGGCUUCAAGGCUUCCAAACAAAUUGACUGGUCCAAAUGGAUCGUCACCGAAGUACAACGAUCCACAUAUUAAGACUAAUCUUCUUCUUCAAGCUCAUUUAUCACGUAUUCAGUUAAGUGCUGAACUUCAAAGUGACACUGAAAUUAUUCUUGGCAAAGCUAUACGUUUGAUUCAAGCUUGUGUUGAUGUCUUGUCAUCGAAUGGUUGGCUUUCACCUGCUGUUGCUGCUAUGGAACUGGCGCAAAUGGUCACACAAGCAAUGUGGAGUAAAGAUUCAUAUCUGAAGCAACUUCCACAUUUCAGUAGCGAGAUAAUCAAACGAUGUCAAGAGAAGAACAUUGAAUCUGUCUUCGACAUCAUGGAACUUGAAGAUGAAGAUCGAACAACUCUAUUGCAAUUGAACGAUCAGCAAAUGGCUGAUGUUGCAAGAUUCUGUAAUCGUUAUCCGAACAUUGAAAUGAAUUUUGAUGUGUUGGAUCAAGAUAAGAUCCACUCUGGAUCAAGUGUUAAUGUCGUAGUUCAAUUAGAGCACAAAAAUUGA